AUGGGUCCUCUGCUUAAUCCUAUCGAAUGGGCUAUUGAAGCUCGAGUGGUUGGCGUGGCCUACCAAAGCCUAGGCCCGGGCUUCGCGGAAGCUCUUAAACAAUCCGGAGCUAGGGAGGCACUAGUAGUCUGCGGUGAGGAGGACAUAGAUGAGAUUAGCUGUGCAGGACCUACUAGCUGCUGGAGGAUCUCCGAGUAUAAGGAAUCAUCCUGCCACGACGAUACCUACUCGAGUGAAGAGAAAGAGAGCCCGCAGACACUAGUCAAGAUUGACACCUUUCAGCUCCGCCCCUCAGACUUUGGGUUAUCUACUCACCCUCUCACUGAUGUCUACGGAGGUAAGAUGCCCAAGGAUAACGCUAUGAAGCUGAUGAGCAUUCUACGGAAUGAGCUCCCGCGGGACGACCCAAUUUCGUAA